GGCAACUUGGACUAUGCGCCCGAUGCGCUCGACAGUAUGGCGGACAGCGAAAGUGACAUAGAAACUGACGGGCUUGAAAUAGCUCUAGAAUCAUUGUGCCGUCGAUAUUGCAGCGAUGCGUCCACCCUUAAAAGCAAAGACUACUGUUCUGGGUUUUGUGAGUUGGUUGAAGCCUACACGAGCCAAUGGCAGGUUCCUCUGCCUCAACUGAAGGUGCUGCGGACAGCGCUGUGCGGUUUCACAAAAGCCACAGCCAAAUUCCCCGAUGACUGUCAACACGUCCACAAUAUUCUCAGCCGUCUGGCCUUGAGUAUAUUUGAGCUUCUACUGUUUUUCAGCAAAGAGGAAUUUGGAGAAAGUCCUUUAAAAGACAUCUUAGACUCUUAUCAGACAUGCCACGCUGAGCUUUUAAGGCACCGGAAUGUUUAUCUUCAGCAUGCAAAGCUGAUCAUCAAAGCUGGCGGUCCUUGGGAGAACCAGGUGUUGCAAGCAAUCCUGAAGGAGACCAACUUGCCUCCUAAAGAAGUUGACGAUUACCUAAGCUCAGAGCUGCCUGUUUUCUUGGAGCUGCGGAUUCGCUAUCUGCAAGCGUGUGAGAGAAUACGGGAAGCUAUGGCCUUGGCUAAGGUUUGCCUGGAGAACCACAAGCCUGGAAAACAUUUAUUCCUGCAUCAGGCUUAUCUGACCUGUCUCUACAAGGCCUCGCUGCAUGAAGUCUUUCACAAGCAGGUGCUCAGUGCACGAUUUGCAUGCCAGAUGGCGAAGAUUGAUGGCCGAGAUGCGGUGGAGAUCAUCUGUAACACCGAGCAAGAUGAAAAAGAUGAGCUGCUCCUGACAUUUUGCAAAGUGUUCCUUGCCCAGCAGCUACAAAACGGAGACAUGUAUUACAUAUGGGACCUGGUGUUCAUCUGGAGCAGGUUGCAUCUUCGAGCCCACCCGUCGACACGGGACUUCCUGACCGAGUGCACUCGACUGGCUUCCUCCGCAAAGAACACCCGCGCCAUCUUUCCUUUCAUCAAAAUAGUCAACGCCGAGCUGGGCGGCGAUGGCGUGCAAGUCUGCAUGGAGCUUUGCACCAGGGCCUUGCAGCUGUGUGACGCGCAAGCGGACGACGUGGCUCAGGCUCUGGUAUGCAAGACCAUUGCUUUCCUCUUGCCCGGAGACCUGGAGAUCUGUCGAGCGUGCGCCCUGAUGGUGUUCUGCCUGGAGCGAAGCCUGGACGCUUACCGAACGGUGCGCCUGCUUUACAAGCAUCCCGACCAGGAGCCGCAUCCUCACCGCUGCCUCGUCCCGACAAACGUUCGCUUCCAAAUUAUGCAGAUGCUGAAGGAACGUCUGUCUUUUGACCCAGAGUUCUGGAGCAUCAUGGCCCUCAGGACCCGCUGCUUGGCGUUGAUAGACGACAAAGUCAUUAAGGAUGCUCUUAUCGAGGAGAUGAGUCAAGAAGAAGAGCAGGAGGAGGAGGAAGGCAAAUACUGUGAUGAGGAGCUAACAAGUACUCGUGUAAAUGAUUCAAAUGCUCAAGAUGUGAAGUGCUCUGCGACUGAAUCUGAGAAAGAGCCGCUUCCACUGGAACACACGUCUGAUAGCCACACGCAAAGCUUGUCAAGCGCUGCUCCCGUGAAGAAGAGAACAUGGGGCCGGAAACUGCGACGGAAAGUCCGACUUUUGUCUGAUGAGGACAUCGACCAAGGUGACGAUCCGGAAUACAUGUACAAUCUCAAACCCAAUUCGUUGUCUAAUAAAUCUGGAUAUUCACUACGACGCAAUCACACUAAGAGAGAAAACUGCGCUUCUGUCAAGCUCCCUCUCAACCGAAAGAGAGAAUAUUUGUCCCGGUGUGUGAAAAGCCAAAUUUUUAAAAGGCAAGGCAAGAAGAAGCGAUGGUUGCAAGGUCUUCCCAGGCUGGAAGCGCCACAGAGCGGCCAAGAGAAGGUGGUCAUACUGAAAGGGAAAAAGCGGGGUAGGAAGCCCGCGCAGCGAUGGGAACUUUAUUACCCCGACAAUGAAAUAGCCCUCCCCAAGGAUGAGUCUGGUCUAGGGGAGGACUCUGAUACGCCUCAUCUGGAGAAUGAAGCUGGGACGGCGAAGGACGUAAACGACCGUUGUGGCGACCUCGGUCGAACUCAAGAGGAAGCUUCCCAUAUUUGCGCUCAGCCUCAAAUUGUCAGCUCAGCCGUCGAAGCUGACCCCGAGCUUGAUGGACCGCUCCAGAAAUUGCAGAGCUCCCCAAUAGAACUGAUGCACAAUUACCAUCUAAAGUCUACAGACGGUGACCCGGCGGACCCCACGGAACUCCCCACGGAAGGGCCGCCAAUCAUUGAAGAAUCAUACCGAAAGGUCAAAGUGGAGAUAAGUUGGAGGGAAAGGUUUCAACGAGCACAAAAGUAUGGUUGUCUGAAUUUUUACUGCAAGUCUUGUAAGAAAAACUAUAAAGGGUUGAACGUGUUGAGGCAUUUCAUCGCCCACUUCAAGAGGCGCAACAGGUGCAUCAUCUGCGGGAAAUGCUUCCAGCGCUUCGUUGUCGGCAAAAAGCACAUUUGGGAUCACAUAGAAGAAAUGUGUAAGAACCAUAAAGACUCUGACGCCGAGGGAGCUGAAACCACCAACGGGACGACGGGUAAUCCGGUCGAGGUUCCCAGCGAAAACCAAACGCCAAACCAGGAACCUCGGAAGAAACUGGGCAAAGUCAAAGUUUCCAGCCUCAGUCGGGAAGAUCGAAUCAUGCGAAACCUCCGUAUUGCCGUCAAAAAGUUUCAAGGCAUGUGCAAGAAGUCCAACAAAGACACCACGGCGACGCAGUUCGACUUUAAGGACGAGCAGGUGGUCAUUCAGGACGAUCUGAUCAUCAUCAAAGCACCCGCAAAGGAGGGCGAGGCGGCGGAAGAAAACGGCUACGACGCCAUCGGCAAGUACGUCUUGUGCCCUUCCGCGUCCUGCGAUCGAGUGUUUAUGAAAUACGGCAGCAACCUGACCAAGCACGCCGUCAAAUGUCACCUCAGCGAAGACCAGGUGCUGGAAAAGACCUUUGUCUGGGCCAAGCACAAAUGCAGCUUCUGCAAUCGCAACCUUCAGUUUGUGCAGUAUUACAAGGAGCACAUCAGGCGCCACGACCCUUCCCUGCCACACUUCUGCUCCCAUGUGCAAUGCGACCAGCACUUCUUGACGGCGCAAGAACUCCGAGAGCACAUGAACUCUCACGCCCCGUUCAGCCCCGCCUGCGCUUUCGCCAACUGCAACAAGCAGUUCUCCAACAUCAUGAGCCUCUACGACCACGAGUGGAGACACUACGUGCCGCCACCUCAGAGGGACGAGGUCGGUCGGCAGCAGAGGCAAAGCGACGAGGCUCCGUGGAAGAAGCGGCUGAAGGUUGAGGAGAGGUGGUCGCAGAGCAAGCAGGUCAAACGGGAGACAUUGGUAGUUGAGAACUCCUCCGAGGGAAAUGUCGCGCCAGGAGGAGACGGUGAGGUGAUCGCGCAAGGAGACGGCGAGGCCAUUGCGCCAGAAGGAGACGCCGAGACGAUCGCGCCGGAUACCGAAACGAUCGCGCCGGAUAGCGAAGCGGCUUUUUUGAAGGAGGCAGAGAUCAUCCAGAAGCCUGUCAACGGAUUCGAGGAAGCGAAACAAAGCCAAGACUCGAAAGGAUGCAAGCGCGCCACGGCUAAAAAAAACCAUCACAAAAAGAAGUUCAGGUUUACUAGCGACAAGCCCGUUGUGGACCCCUUGAACAUCAAGGAGAGGGCCAAAAACACCACACUGUCCGAAGGCGUGGAGACUAAGUUGGAGAAGGGGCUCGUCGCAGAGCACAAAAGCUUCAGCCCUCCAGAUCCUUCCUACGCAACGCCCUUCUACGCAACGCCCUUCACCCGGCUCCCGCCCUGCACCUACAUGGACGAGGCUCAGCUGUCCAUGCGCAAGCGGAGAUGCACGGAGCAGGACGCGCACGUGCAAAAUCACGCUCAUACGGAUGUUUCAGCGUGCCACGAGAAGCCCGAGAGCAAAGGUCACCGUGAGCAGAAGAUCAGACAUCGAUGCGACAAGUGUCUCUCCUCCUUCGGCAGCGUCCAAGAGCUCCAGAAACACAAAGCUCUCAACACCUGCUCGGCUCUCUUUGGAUUUGACUCGGAUGACGAAAGUUAACAGGCCUUAUGGAAUUCUGCUGGUUUGACCAAAAAUUUCGAGUUUCUUUUGAUUUUGGUUAGGAUUUGAGAAGGACUCUAGUGUAAGAUGCACAUUUACACUGUAAGCGGAUCAAGACGGCUUUGACUGUUUCUCAGUGCUCAUCUGUCAUCAGAAACACCAGGAUGUCAUCGGGUCUUCUUGCGUCGUAGCUCGUGCCAUUUCCUAGCUAGUCCUUCAAAGUAGGUCGAAUUGAUAGAAAAUAGAACUAAUCUGUUAAUACUCUUUCUUCUCUAACUGUCUUCCAAAUGUGUCACUCUCAAGCACUGAGGGCCGAUCAAAAGAGGUUAAGAGGAAUUUCUGAUUUAUGAAAUGUAUUUUUUGAGGUCUUCCACAUUUUGAUUAGGUUUAUGGAAACAUAAGUGGAGCCUUUUAGUCAAGCAAUCAUGGAAAUCUGCCCGGAUCUCCUCAGUAUUAAAUUACAUAGGAAGCAACAUGUGAGUUGCAACGGGUCUCAAGUUGUGUACAAAUCCUUGGUCUUUAAGUUGUUGAUUUUUUUUUCCUUUUUGUGUAUGUAUGAGACUUGCUUAUUUAUGUGUACAAAUGUAAAAAAUAUAUAUUUGUUAUGGUAUAGGGCCAAACUAUUUUUGUUACAUAAAAUGACUAAAAUCUGUUUGAUUAAACAAAUGGAAAAAAUGCA